AUGAGUCCAGGUAAUAAUACGGGUACAGGGUUGAGGAAAGGUGCAUGGACUGCUGAUGAAGAUUUGCUUCUCAAGAAAUGCAUCGAGAAAUACGGAGAGGGGAAAUGGCAUCUCGUUCCUUUCAGAACAGGUUUAAACAGAUGUAGAAAGAGUUGUAGGCUACGAUGGUUAAAUUAUCUAAGACCAAAUAUAAAAAGAGGUGAUUUUGGUGAAGAUGAAGUUGAUCUCAUGCUUAGGCUUCACAAGCUAUUAGGGAACAGGUGGUCAUUGAUUGCGGGGAGAAUACCUGGAAGAACUGCUAAUGAUGUGAAAAACUACUGGAAUACUCAUCUUCCCUCUAAUUCGAAACAGAAGAAAGAAUCAAAAGACAAUGAAUCAAUGCAAGACACCAUGGUCACUACUAUUAAGCCUCAACCACAUACCUUCUCUAAAACGCUAAAGCAGUACAUGGCCGACAACCCACAGAUUGUGGCUCAUAAUGGAAGUAACAUAUUAAGAUCGUCAAAUGAUGGUGUUAACAAUAACUUGAAUAUGACAUUAGGGUCAAUCUUGUCACCAAAUGUACUAGAUGACAAGAUUAAUGAGUAUCUAAACGAUUUAAUAUUUGAUGAUCGUGAAAACGAAAUGAACAAUCAAAUUGGGUGGUCAUUUGGUGGUUCUAUGAACGGAGAGGCCUCACAUGUUGUUGAGCAAGAAGAUGACUACAAUGGUCUAUUUGAUUUCCCCGUAGAUGAGGCAAUGUGGGACCUCACAGAUUAA